AUGAACAGCGUGGCUGCCUCGCCGUCCAGCAGUGACUACAGCACAGAGGACUCUGUGCCUGAGUCCAAGUCCAACCACAGCCUCUGUGGCUAUUACCCCUCUGAGGACCACAUCUUCUACGAGGACGCUGUCUCCUGUGAAGAGGCAGCCUCCAUGGACCCCUCAGUUUGCUUCCUCCCUCCGAUGCAAGGCACCUAGGGGACGGAGAAUUUAAGGAGGCUCUUCGGGAGAUGAGAUCAGCUGCUUCUCUAUCCUGAGCAGUUUUGCAAACUAAGCAUCUCUCUGGCCUGGGAUGUUGACCAUGGAGACUGGGAUGCUGACCAUGCAGACUCACUCACUGACCUGGAUCUCAAUGGCCACAGCCAGUGGAUGGACAAGUGGCCAGGAGACAAGACAAAACUGACCCUCUGCAGACUAGACAGUCUAGUGCAGAAACUGGAGACGUUCCUAGAAAACAAGGAAGAUGACCGACACAUCACCCAGGUGCUCCCUGGAUCCACUCGGGAGAAGGACUCCCGGCUGAGCAACAGCUCCCCUCCACAGGCUCAGGGCGGUCAUGAGGAGCACAGCACUUGUCAGGUCUUACCCAAGUGCAAAGCGCCACAAAAUGAAGACGACAUUGAGGUCCUGGAGGAUCAGCCAAAACAACAUGAAGGUGACCUUGUGGUGAGCAUGGGGAUGCCCCACAGGAGAAUGGACAGCCUGCAGAGCGACUUAACUGCCUGCCAUGAAGCAGGGCUGGGCCCCAGGACACUAAGGCCGGGAGGGGAGAAAGGGCAGGAAGACACCACGGAGCGACGAGGGAAAGGGGAGGCUGUUUUUAGUAUUCGUGGUCUCCGAGGCACAGCAGGGGAGGACGCUUCCCACACCUUCACAUCCUGUCUGAACUGCCAGUGGCUCUUCCACUGGCUGAGAAAGCAUGUCUUCUCCAGGUGGAGGAGAGGGCACCCUAGCCAGGCCACCAUCAGCUGGUACCAGAGGCCAGCAAGGAAGAUACGCACUCUUAGAGGCAACAGGGUCCGACCCCAAGAAUGA